UUUGGGCGGGAGCACAGGCUGCCAAAUAUGAUGACGUACGAACGCAGGCUCCCAUGACGUGGGUCACGAGCGGAGGUAUAGUGCACCAAGUGUGAUGACGUUUGAGCGUAGGUUCUGAUAACGUGAACGAGGGAAGUCGGGGGCCGUUGGCGGUUGGACAGCGUAAUGGCGGCGGCCCCGGACCCGGACCCGGGCCAGGGCGGGGACGACGGCGAUGGCGAGGCCGAUGUGUUCGAAUCGAGGACCCAUUGCCUGGAGCUGUCGCGGCGCCAGAACGAGCAGAGGAAGCGCGGCCUGUUCUGUGACCUGACCCUGUCAGUGGGAGGCCGUGAGUUCCGCGCCCACCGCUCGGUGCUGGCCGCCGCCACCGAGUACUUCGAGCCGCUGCUCGGCGGCAACUUCGAGGAGUCCCGCUCCGAGCGGGUGGAGAUGCGCAAAUGGAGUACGGAGCCCGGGCCUGACCCCGACACCGUGGAAGCCGUCCUCCAGUUCAUGUACACGGGCUCCAUCCGUGUCUGCACCGGCACUGUCCAUGAGGUCCUGGAGCUGGCCGACAGGUUCCUCCUGCUCCAGCUGAAGGAAUUCUGUGGGGAGUUUCUAAAGAAAAAGCUGAAUCUCACCAACUGUGUGGCAGUUCACAGUCUGGCCCACAUGUACUCCCUGGACCAGCUGGCUUUGAAAGCAGCAGACAUGAUCCGCAGGGACUUCUCCAAGGUGGUACAGGAUGAUGAGUUCUACACGCUGCCUUUUCACCUGGUCAGGGACUGGCUGUCAGACUCUGAAAUCACAGUGGACUCUGAAGAAGUUCUUUUUGAGGCUGUGGUGAAGUGGGUGCAGCGGAACCCAGAGGAGAGGGAGAAGCACUUUGAGGAACUGUUCCAGCUAUUGCGGUUGCCUCAGAUGAAGCCUACAUACCUAACUCGAAUCAUCAAAUCUGAGCGGCUUGUGGCUGAUAAUGCCAACUGCCUCCAGCUUGUUUCAGAAGCAGUUGAAGGUCAUGCACUGAGAUCAGAAAAUCUUCAGCCUGCCAAUCUGGACAACUGGGCAUCCCAGGUUGUGUCAUUCCAGCCUCGCUUUGGACAAAACAUGGAUAUCAUCAUGGUGGUGGGUGGUGUGUCAGAGGGUGGAGAUUAUCUAAGUGAGUGUGUUGGCUAUUUCAUUGAUGAAGAUCGAUGGGUGAAUCUUCCCCACAUUCACAACCAUCUGGACGGCCAUGCUAUGGCCAUCACAGACUCUCAUGUGUAUGUGGCUGGCUCCAUGGAACCUGGGUUUGCAAAGACAGUGGAGAGAUACAGCCCAAACAGAAAUAGCUGGGAGCAGGUUAACAACCUGAUCACAAGGAAGCAUUCCUUUGGGCUGUCAGCAGUUAAGCAGAAUUUGUACAGUAUUGGGGGACAUGGGAACUUUAGCCCAGGGUUCAAAGAUGUUGACGUAUAUGAACCUGAUCAAGAUAGAUGGCACCAUCUGGAAUCGGCUCCCAAAAUAUUACGAGAUGUUAAAGCUAUCAGUGUGGAAGAUCGUUUUGUGUAUGUCACUGCUCGCACCCCUGUGGACACUGACAACGAAGACGGAUUGGAGACUAUAAAUGCAAAGUAUGAUACUGACACAAGGCAGUGGCAAGACGUGGAAUCUCUGCCACUGCUUGAUAACUACUGCGCCUUCCAGAUGGCUAUUGCAACAACAAACUUUUACCACACAGCCUCCUGCUGCCCCAAAUGUUACACUGUGACAGACACCGAAGCAAAGCAGAAAAUCUCUAACAUGACAGCUGAUGAAAUCUUGGAGAGCUUGCCCCCCGAAGUGUUGAGUAUUGAAGGGGCGGCGAUUUGCUACUUCCGUGAUGAUGUAUUCAUAAUUGGCGGCUGGAAGAACAGUGAUGACAUGGACAAACAGUAUCGGAAGGAGGCAUACCGUUAUUGCUCAGAGAGGAAGCGCUGGAUGCUGCUGCCUCCCAUGCCCCAGCCACGAUGCCGGGCAACUGCUUGCCACGUGAGGAUACCUUAUAGGUACCUGUAUGGAGUUCAGAGAUACCCAAUGCCACAAAAUCUAGCCAGGCAGCGAGAGCGGCUGCAGCAGAUGCAGCAGUUACAUCGGCGAUCGUUAAGCCUCAGGCGGCAGCUGCAACCUCAAGUUGAAUGUUAACCAGAAGCAUUUCUGGAGAUUCAGUACAUGCAGUAUUACAAGUGAUGGUAAGUGAUACAUCAGCAUGGUUUAACAGAAGAGGUGUUUUGCCUGAUUAAGCAUGGGGCACUAAACCCAGAGUGAACAUGUUGUGCUGCACCUCACUUUAUAACCCCGAACGAACUUCAAGCUGUAGUUCAGAAUAUGUUUUGUUCAGGUAUGACUUUCAGCAUGACACCUUGCUGCCUGCAAACAGUCCAGUGUGGUGGCCUUUGCCUUUUGUUAUACUCGCACCCUAUUGUGACAUAGAUUUGAAUAGGGGUCUUGAUUUUUAAUGUCUUUUGCAUCUCAGAAAUGCCUCAAAACAUUUCAUGUUCAAAUUUGGAAUGAAUUUUAGUUGUUCUGUCAUGGACUGUACUGCAAGAUCCCAAUAGUGAGCAUCACUUGAAAGGCUCAGUUCAUUGAUGAUCAAGGCCAUGGUGUCCUUGAUUUCAUUGCCCUUUGGUGUUGGAAAAUCUUGGCUAUCACCUUAUUAGGAGUAAGUGUCACACAAAUUGUUAGCUGUGUUGAUUUGAUGCAACUUUAGAUGCUCCUAUAUUGUAUCAAUAGGAUAUCUCUGGUCAGCUAAUGGCACCAAAUUGUGCACACUCUUGGUGUUUGGUAUUUUAUACAUUCCUCUGAUCUUGUGCAAGUAACCCAUCAGGGUAGAUCCAUUCUUCUUACACACAGCAUAAUGAGAUGUACCAAACCGGGCCUGACCUGAUGACAAUAUAGAAUGACCUUUUUAAAUUCCUUAAUAAUUUGACUCUGUUAACAUGCACAUUACUAUUGGAUCUUUGGAUAUUUUAUUGACAUUUUCUCUACAUUCACUCUUAAUUUGAUGCUCAAUGGGCUGCCUCUCUGGACAGUUUUUUUUAAUGUGCUUCUAAAUUUAUUAAUAAGCAACUAAGUACUUUAUGUGGAUAUGCAUGCUGCUAGUAUUUCCCAUUUUGCUGUUCUGAAAUGCACAAUUACCAGAGCAAAAUCUGCCUCAGCGCUUAGUAUGUACGUUAGGAGAGGGGACAGUGUGAUGGCUACCAGUUAUGUUUGGCUAACUGCAAUCUCAGACAGAAACAAAUUUCUUUUAUUAGUUUUAUUGAUUUUAUUUUUCCUUCACAGAUCUUUUCUUUACUUAAAAAUGUUUUUGUUGCUCAACCCUUUCUUGCUUAUUUCACCCCCAUCAUGUCAAACAUGUUGAAGAAUGAUCCAAGAUGCACACAAUUUCAACUAACACAGACUUCACUACCCAUGUUUGUAUGUGUAUUUAUGAAUGAACAAGCUGCCUGUGAUUUUUUUUUCUCUCUCUCUCUCUCUCUGCCUAAGGAUAAGGAAUGUUUUGUAGUGAGAGAGGACUGAGGUAAGGAAAGAGUUUGAAUUCUGACGCAUGUUGUAGUUUGAAUUAGGAGCAGUGUGCUGUCUAGCAUUCAGGCAUGAGUCCGUUCCACUUUACCUUCAGCAUUGUCCCUUUUAUUAAAAUGUUUUGCCUAAAUAAAGAGGAUUUUUUUCCCUUCCAACUCUUUGACUGCAUUUGUGCAGCUAGCUGGGCACUGUGUGAUUGUGACUUGCAUUAAAAAGGAGAUGGUAAACGAUUAUCUUUCCAAUAGCAGAGUAUGCAUUUGCCUGCCUGAUAUCAGUUGGAAUACUAACCAGCAAGGUUGUGUGGACUUAAUUUGGUGUAUUGUGUGUAUGCAUGUGUAGCAAUGUGUUACUCAUCCACUCUUGUUUUUUCUAAAAUAUAAUACAGUAGCUUGUUUAUUAAUAAAGGAAGAGUUUAAAUUUAUCACAAAUAAUGUGUGUUUGCUUUUUGUGGGCUGGGGUGCUGGCAAUAUGGUAUGUAGAGUUAAUAUAAUAGUAUUAAAUUGCCGUUGAGUCACCACCAUAGCCAGAAUUUGAUUAAAGUACAUCAGGUUAUCUAAGCUUUUGCAGGUUGGGCAGUAUAUGCGCAAGAACCAGCAUGUGGAACACUCAUGGUUACAGUGUUGUAUCAUGUGUACAACGGGACCACUAUUCCCCCAACCCUCAAUCCUUUCCUUAAUUGUGAUGCUCCUUUUGAUUUUCAUUUAUGUGAUCUGGGCAUUGCUGGUAAGAUCAGCUUAUUUUGCUCAUCCUUGUUGCCCUUGAGGACUUGUAGUGAAUUGCCUUUUUGAAUUCAAUGCGAUGAAUGUCAAGACCAAAUCAAUGGGCAAUUAAAAGUCAGCAAUGUUGCUGUGGCUCUGGAGCUACUCAAGCCAUGCUGAUAGCAGACUAGAAUAAUAGAAUCCCUACAGCAUGGAAGCAUACUGUUUGGCCCAUUGAGACCACACUGACCCUCCC